UGCGACACCGAAAAGUCUGGUCCCACAGUAAAGAUGGCCGAUGCGUCUGGGACCGAGUUGUCAGACGACAAAGAGAAAGAAGCGGACACUGAACGCAAAAUUAAGCAACAUACGCGACCGUGGCAAGAUGGGAGCAAGUCUGGAAAAGUCGUUAUUUCUUCGACACUGCCCGAGACCUUGAGCUUUUACGACAUUAGCGCUGAAAUCAGGCGCGAGCCAAGGGACCACUCGGCAGAUUCAUCACUGACCCACUUCAUCUGCACGGAACUGACCCGAGGCUACUUCCUGGAGCACAACGAGGCCAAGUACACCGAGCGUCGGGAGAGGGUGUACACGUGCAUGCGCAUCCCCAAAGAGUUGGAAAAGUUGAUGAUCUUUGGUUUCUUCCUGUGCGUGGACGCCUUUCUGUACGUGUUCACGCUGCUGCCCCUCAGGGUGCUGCUGGCUGUGCUCCGCCUCCUCACUCUGCCCUGCUGUGGCUUAAGGGCACGCACAUGCCCCUACUGCAGAAGAAGCAGUGGAUCGAGGCUGCUGCAGCCGGCGCAGGUGUGCGACAUGCUGAAAGGCCUCAUCCUGGUGCUGUGCUUCUCCAUGACGCAUUACGUGGACUACGCCAUGAUGUACCACCUCAUCAGAGGGCAGUCCGUUAUCAAGCUCUACCUCAUCUACAACAUGUUGGAGGUGGCAGAUCGCCUCUUCUCCUCCUUCGGCCAAGAUAUCCUGGACGCUCUUUACUGGACCGCCACGGAGCCCAAAGAGCGCAAGAGGGACAGCAUCGGAGUCAUCCCUCACUUCCUCAUGGCCGUCUUUUAUGUUUUCCUCCACGCCAUCCUCAUCAUGGUCCAAGCCUCCACGUUAAACGUCGCCUUCAACUCGCAUAACAAGUCCCUGCUUACCAUCAUGAUGUCAAGCAACUUUGUGGAGAUCAAAGGCAGCGUUUUCAAGAAAUUCGAGAAGAACAACUUGUUCCAAAUGUCCAACAGCGAUAUUAAAGAGCGCUUCACCAGCUACGUUCUCAUGCUCAUCGUGUGUCUGAGGAAUAUGGAGCAGUUCUCGUGGAAUCUGGAGCACCUAUGGGUGUUGUUCCCUGAUGUCUUCAUGAUCCUCACCUCCGAAGUGGCCGUUGACGCCAUCAAACACGCCUUCAUCACCAAGUUCAAUGACAUCACAGCAGAUGUUUACAGCGAAUACAGAGCCAGCCUAGCCUUUGAUCUCGUGAGCAGUCGACAGAAAAACGCUUACACAGACUACAGCGACUCCGUGGCACGCCGAAUGGGCUUCAUCCCGCUGCCUUUGGCUGUGCUCCUUAUCCGGGUGGUCAUGAGUUCAGUGAAGGUGCGAGGAGCACUGUCAUACACGUGUGUGUUCCUCUUUUAUCUCGGAUUGGUCACACUGAAGGUGCUGAACAGCAUCGUGCUGCUGGGCAAAUCAUGCGUGUAUGUUAAGAGGGCCAACAUGGAGGGCAAAUUGUUUGCAAAGCCGCACGGUGCGGCUUCGUCGUCCUCAGCCAAGACCCCCAACAACAAAGCCAACCACGCUUCGACCACGCCGCCCACAGGUGACGACAAGCUGAACCCGAAGCCGCCCUCUGUUCCUCCUUCCUCAUCACCCUCCUCUUCCUCAGUGACUACGCAGCCAGCACCAAGGUGGGACUUUCCCCUGCCUCACGUUGACUCUUCUGCCUCAGCGCCUGCACCCCACUCUCCUUGUCAUGACCAUCCGCCUCUUGGACCGGAACCCCAGCAGCCUGCUCUUUCUCCCCUGAAAGAGGAGCAGGAGCACGCGGCCGAGGGGAGGCCCAAGGCCCCCAAAAAGGACCUUCUGGAGAUCGACCGUUUCACUAUCUGCGGCAACCGCAUCGACUGAGCAAAAAGACAUGAGUAAAUCAUUGGAUGCUUGUGGUAGUUUGCUGUCGUUUCGAGACGUUUCGCGACAGCAAGAUUGAGCAGGCUGAUAACCAGUGUGUGAGGGAGCUCGAUUUGAAAGGAGCACUUUUCAAGGUGCAGAAGAGCACAGCUGGAAACCACACAAAUGGCUGAAGGGGUCCCCGCGAGAGAUUCCAAAGGAUUCCCAUCCUGAAUGUUGCAAUGGCGCACAAAACGGGGUUUACACUUUCUCAAGACCUUGAUGACGAGUCACGCUUGUUCCUUUGAUUUGAUGAUUUGCAAUAAUUACGUUUACCUUUUUGUUUGUUUGCUUCAAUUUCAAAGAGAAGCUCAUGUUCCAGCAAGCAGUUGAGUUUGCACAGCUCCGAUGUCUCUUUCACCCAGAGAAUUUACGGCAUGGUUCAUUCAAAAAGAGCCUGCAAAAUUCCUACCUCAUUGCAACGGAGCUUGCAUAGUUUCAGCUCCCUUUAUACAGAGACCCUGUAUAAGUAUUGCCUCUUUAACACAGUGCCCCUGCAAAAUUACCACAACUUUUUGUACAGAGAGCCUACAAAAUCACUGCCUUUUUCACACACACAGCAAAAUUAGGACCACUUACACCAUUUGAUGUAGGAAUACAACUGCCCCUCUGACAGAAAACCCUUGUCAUUUCACACAGGGACCCUGCACAAUUCCUGCCCCCUUUCAUAUGACGACCCAAAUUAGCACCAUUCUACUCUGUUACCCUAUAUAUUGACAUACAUUUUUUACUUUUUUUCCACUGAUCUUGCAGCUUGUAAAACUAUCACCAGCUUCAUACUGAGACACUGCAAAGUCAGAACCUUACUAAUUGGAAUCUUGCAGGAACUGUCACUUUCACACAGAGGUCCUGCAAGAUUACCACCUCUCAUAUAGAUCCUACAGCAUUCUAGCCUUAUCCAUACAGAGACGAACAGAAACCCUUGAAAGUUACUGCAUAUUUCAUAUUGACAUCCUGCAAAAUUGCCACUUCUUUUGCAUUAAGACCGUGCAAUAUUGCCCUCUGUUUUGCACAGAGAUCCCCCAAAUUAUAGGUUUAUUCACACAGAGAUCUGCCACUUUCUCACAAAAAUCAUGCACAUUUGCUCCCUCGUUCAGACAGGGAUCCUUAAAAUCCUUGGGAACUGGGGACUCGAGUUGUUGAAGCUUACUUGGUGGAAUUAUUUCUCAUCCUUGCUUGAUGUGCAGCUUCAGCUGUUCAACAGCCCGAGGUCUGCGUUGUCGUAUUUUAUGCUUCAUGGAUGACGGCAUAUGUUUCUCUAAAAGCGCUAUGUACCUUCAUGGUGCCUUCACAGAUGUGAAAGUUACCCAUGCCGUUGGCACGAACAUGGCCCCGUAGCAUCACAUAUUCUGGCUUUUGAACUUUGCAUCCAUAACAAUCCCAAUGGUUCUUUUCCUCUUUGGCCCGGAGGACACGACAUCCACAAUUUCCCAAAAUGUGGACUCAUCAGACCACAGAACACUUUAACACCCCCCCCCCCCCCCGCCCCCACACACACACACACACACUUUGCAUCAGUCCAUCUGAGAUGAGCUCUGGGCUCAGAGAAGUCGGCUGCAUUUUUGUGUUGUUGAUAAUUGGCUUUUUGCCUUGCAUUGCAGCGUUUUAAGUUGCAUGUAUGCAUGCAGCGCCGAACUGUAUCCACUGACGUUAGUGUUCCUCAGCCCAUGCGGUGAUAAUCCUUGACACCUUGAUGCCAAUGGCCUUGCCAUUGACAUGCAGUGAUUUCUCCAGAUUCUCUGAACCUGUUCCUGGUUAGCCUGUUCACCCGUGCAAUGUUCCAAACAGGUGUUUGAUGAGCAUCCCUCCACUUUCUCACUCUUUUGUGACACGUGUCCCAGCUUUUGGGGACAGUUUUACAGGUAUAAAAUUCAAAGUUAAGGAUUAUUUACUAAAACCAAUCAAGUUCAUCAAGAUAACCUUUUUUUGUCCCACACUGGGGACAUCCACAGCAGCUAAAUUGGGGGGGACACAAAGUGUUUCAUUGCACAAAAUAGAUGUUUCAGAAAGAACUGUAGACAGUUCAAUAAAAGUGCAAUAUAAAAUACAGCAUUAGCAAUAUAUUUGCAGAAUAAAUAUAAUAAAUUAGCAAUAGCAUAGAAAACACAGCAUAAGGUGGCUGUGCUAUUUACAAUGGUUACAGGUUUUUACCUAUGUUUAUUCAACAGCCUGACAACAGUUGGUAGAAAUGAGCAGCGUUAUCUCUCCUUGCAGCAUGGGUGUAACAGUCUCUGGCUGAAGGACCUACCCAGUGCUGUCAGGGUGGGCUGGAAGGGGUGGGAGGGACUGGCCAUCAUAGCUUUUAGUUGAGCAAGCAUCCUCCUGUUGCCCACCUAUAAGUUGAAUACAAUGAUUUGCCAAUCAUUCAAUUCAGUUUUUAUAUUCAUCACAACAUCCGAACUGCAUUGGAAUUGGGUUUGUAUUUGUGCUGCCUUUGUCACAUCGAGAUUCCACAAAAUGACCGCCUUGAUUUUGUUGAUACUUAUUCUUCUUCCCACUGCACAAAUCUAAGUUCAGUCGCUUCUCAGAAGUGUGAACGCUGCUCUCGCCCCAAAAUGGCGGACCAACUCUGGCGCGUUCUUUCGACGUCCUGCCUGCUGUCCCGAUACUUUUGUCCUUGUAGUUUUAGCACUGAUGGCGCAAAUGUACUCGUUGCCUUCGUGAGCCUUCGCCGUCUUGUUUACAUCCUUGCCGUAGUCAGAAGCGUUUUCGCAGUGAAAGCCUUUACAUCUGGAAUGUUUCUGGAUUGAUUUUGAUUGCAAUGAAAUGAUUGUUUGUUCCCUGCAGAAAUAUGAAUAAUCCGCUUUUUAUCUGAUACAAGAUGUGACAUGUCAGGUGUGAUUUAUUUAAUUUUAUUUAAGUACUUUCCUGCCAUGUCAGGAAGGCUGGAGGAUAUAUCCAAGAGAGACUUUCUAUAUGGUUAACUGCCAGUGUUGUAAUUAUAAAAUGUAAUAAAAUAUUUUUGGGGGAGUUGCCACUUGUGAUGU